AUGUCAAAGAAGACCCCCCGGUGUUCUGCAACGGAUCUGUUGGCUCAAAUGACUUCCGCCCACAGUCGGGGGGAUCGUUCAAGCGACGUGGUAGCCGAGUCUAGAAACGAGGCCAGCUCCAACCACUCGACGUCAUCCUCUCCGGAGAGUGCAAGCUUGAACGGAAACGGCAAGCGAAAUGGAAAAAGGCGUCGCAGCAAGAAGCGCUCAUCUAAACCUGAGCGCGGCCCCGAGGGCAAUGUCGACGGCAAAAGUGAAGAGACAUCUGACAUGAGCACAAGGCAGCCGUCCGACUUCAGAGCUGGACUGAUUGGCCUGCAGUCCGAGUGUGCCAAUGUGUGGUUCGAACGCGGCAUCUACGAGCAAGCAGAGAGCCUCAACCAGUGCUGGCUGGCAAGCUCAUCCAAAGGGACCGCGAAGCUAAAUGGCUCAUCCCAAAAUAAAAAGCCCUGCUCUACUAAGGCAUCACGUUCCGGAAAAAAAAAAGACUGUAAACAAGCUGGCCACCAACUUGAAGCCAUGCAGCCAACUGACGGUCAGAUCUCCAUCACACCCAGAACACCCGAUGAAGGGUACCAGUCUCAAGCUCCCACGCCAACUUCUGUCACACCAACCACUCAGCCGGUUAACGGACACGCCCCCAUUAUAGCAGAACUCUGCAGAAAUGUUUGGCUGGAGAAGCCGAUGUACGAUCGUGCCGAAGCUACCUUCUACCAAAAUCUGUACGGCAACAACUCAUCCAAACCGUCCUCCUGCGCCGCCACCCCGAGGAAUAGCGGCCCCUCUCCAAGCCUUGUGGAAGAAGAGGAGGAAGUGGCGGUGGAGGAAAAGCGAGUGGUCUCGCAGGCGAAGGCGGAGGUUUUCCACGCCCUGCACCCCAUCCAAGAGGAGGAGGAGCCGGUUGAGAUGCCUGACAAGCAGGAGAGGCAGGAUUUGGGCGUCUCUUUCUUUCUUCACGCUGACAGCGAGCGCGUGUGGUUGGACAAGUGGCGCUUUGAUGAAGCAGAGAGACGUUUCCACGUGGAUGACGCUGCCAUGCCAAAGAAAGGUUGGACGCCCAAAACGACCGACUCCACUGUCCGACCAACGGAAAAAAACAUGAGCGCCGUCAACUUUCUGGUCCAGGAGAAGAUCUGGUUUGACAAAACUCGCUACGAUGAGGCCGAAAGGCGUUUCUUCGAGCGUGUGAAUUGCUCCUCACAUACAGCACAGGCAGUCUGUGACGUGGGAGCGAACACCAUCCUUCAAGACAUAGCCCGCGCUCGAGAGAACAUCCAGAAGUCGCUAGCAGGAAACAACUGCAGCAGCAACACAACUGACCAAGAAAUGGCCACCAGAAUAAAGAGCCUGGAACUGGAGAACCAUAGCUUACAUCAAGUGGUGCACGAUUUAAGAGCAGCACUGUUCAAGCUGGAAAGUCGGGUAGCAGUCCUGGAAAAGUCCCCUGUAGCGGUGCCAUCAGCUCCUUCACUCCCCUACACUAAUGGCACUACCAUGCAGCAGAAGACUAUCACACCCGCAAAAGACGAAGACGAAGACGAUUUGGACUUGUUUGGUAGUGAUGACGACGACGAAGAGGCAGAGAAACUGAAAGAGCAGCGGUUGAAGGAGUAUGCGGAGAGAAAGGCCAAGAAACCCAGCGUCAUUGCCAAGUCCUCCAUCUUACUGGACGUCAAACCAUGGGACGAUGAAACCGACAUGGCCAAGCUGGAGGAGUGUGUGCGCUCGGUGCAGGCUGACGGCCUGUUGUGGGGCGCCUCCAAGCUGGUCCUGGUGGGCUACGGCAUCAAGAAGCUCCAGAUCUCUUGUGUGGUGGAAGACGACAAGGUGGGGACGGACUUGCUGGAAGAGGAGAUCACCAAGUUUGAAGACUACGUUCAAAGUGUGGACGUUGCAGCAUUCAAUAAGAUUUAAAUGUCGUACUAUAAACACUCCGUGUGUCUUUGUGGCCAUGAAUAAAAACACUCUUGCACUGAA